AUGCAGUUCCUGAAAUUGAGCGUGCUCAUAUUUCUUGCAAUUAUCCUUGGACCAAUUCAAGUUUCCUGUGCAUGUAACCAACAUUAUUCGGCCUUGCGAUGCAUCACGAGUCAAUAUGUGACAGGAGAAAGGGGCCAGCCUGUGCUCGUGAAUUGCAAGGUGCAGAGAACAACUCGUUCCGGACAGUGCAACGAACCGGGUUCUGGGCAGUCUGUAGCACGAUACUGCUGCGUGCAGGAAUUUCGGCCUAGACCAGACGGAUCUGUAGAUUGUGCGCAAUUCCUCGCCGACUUCAAAAGCUGUGUGCCUGAAUCACAGCACUGA